CAAUGGAGUUGCGGCAGGAAGCCGGGCGCACGGCCGUGGAGGAGGCGGCGCUGGAGAGUCUGGCGUCGCGCGGUGCGCCGGGCAAGGCGCGAGGGGGCCGAGUUUGGCACAGGAGGACUUGAAAGAGCCAUGUGGCCCAUUCUUUGGGCAUCCUUGCGGGCCUAUGCCCCAUAUGUCACUUUCCCCGCGGCCUUCGUGGUAGGGGCGGUGGGCUACCACUUGGAGUGGUUCAUCCGUGGCCAGCCACCUCCACAGCCACCUGAAGAGGAGAAGAGCAUCUCAGAGAGGAGGGAGGAUCGCAAACUUCAGGAGAUUGCUGGAAAGGACCUCACCCAAGUGGUCAGCCUUAAGGAGAAGCUGGAAUUUGCUCCCAAAGCUGUGCUCAACCGGAACCGACCGGAGAAGAACUAGCCCUUCCAGGGCAGCCAGAGGCUCUUCCUGUUCAAGGGGGUGAUGCUGCUUGGUUGGUUUUUUGAUUCCAUUAUUCUGACCUUGCCCAAGGGCAACUUGCCAUGGCCUGCCAUUCAUGCCCUCACUAUUUUUGCUGUGCCUCAGUUGGCAGGGAUGGCUCGUGCUACUAGAAUCUAUCAGAGGUGAGGAGGAAUAAAUGGACUUUGGAGAGUCUUCUGUAAAGGAUGUCAGUUGUGAUGGAACUUCUUCCAGAGUUCUCUGUGAAGGUUCCAGAUUGUGUCUGGGCCAGAAGACCCCCUUCCUCUCCACCAUGAUCCGCACAGGAUCCAUACCGUGUCUUGGCAUGGGCAGGCUUUCUGAAGAACACCCAAGAAAUAAGGCAACCUUCAAUCAAUGGGGGAAUCUCUUGUCCAGUGGGCAUCGGGUAAACUGACUCUGCUUCCCUUCUCCAAGGCCCCCGGUCUGGGAAGAAACUGUAACCACCAGAGGAGGUGGUUAGCUGAGCAUCUCUGUCAUGCUGCUACUCAGGAAAUUAGAUGUUUCUUUCUCAAAGAGUUUCGGCCCAUGGUCUGUAGGUCUUCUCCUUCAAUUUUUUUUUUUUUGUGGUGUAUAUAUUAGCUGCCUUUGAAAUUAAAAAUUUAAAACACUUUGAAAA